AUGCUACUUCAAUUUUUCACUAUACUCAUCAUUCUGCUCAGCGUAAACUGCGGUGGUGGUGGUGGAAAAGCCCCGGCAAAGAAGCCGGCGAGCACCCCGCCAAUCGAAGAGGCGCACGUAGACGAACAGCCGCAGAAGCCGAAGCCCAAAGAAAGCCGCGAGGGCAAGAGCAAGGAGCCGAAGAGAGCCAGGAUGGUGCCUACGAGGACUACGAACUUCCCGCAAAAUGAUGCAAAAAUGAGCCGCCGACCUGAACGAAGCAAACCAGGGCCCUCGUCGUGUUGUGGUUCGCCGACGUUAAUUCCUGCGGCC